AUGAGUAGACAAAACAAGAAACAGAUUUGCCUUGCAGACACUCUUUUGCUUUUCCUUCUCCUUUGUUUCUUUUGUUACUCUUCCUCUUCCCAAAAGAUUUGCCCAAACUGUGGCCUCCUAAAAGUUCCAUACCCUUUAAGCACCAACCCCAAUUGUGGAGAUACUGACUACACCCUUCACUGUGAUACCCAUUCUCAAAAACUCUACUUUGAUGCCCUCAAUGGAAGUUCAUAUCCUGUGCUCAAAAUCAAUUCAGAAACUCAAAAACUAGUGAUCCAGACUCAACCAUGGUUACCUAACUCAUGCACCACCCAAGAUUUCCCUGUCAGUGAGGGACUUUGGUUAAACCAAACACUCCCUUUUAACAUCUCUUCCUCAAAUACAAUCUUCAUCUUCAACUGUUCACCUCGUCUCUUUGUGUCUCCUCUUAAUUGCACUACUUCAAGUCUUUGCCAUCUCUAUCUUGAAAACUCUAGCAGGGUUGACCCAACCCGUGCUCUUCAGUGUGCAAGUUCUAUCAACCCAUGUUGUACCUUCAUUGCAGGUGGUCUUCCAUCAGCAUACAAGAUUCGAUUGCAUGCUUCUGGUUGCAGGGCAUUCAGAAGCAUUAUACACUUGGACAAAGAGAAACCCGCGAGCCAGUGGGAAGAAGGAGUCGAGAUUCAAUGGGACCCACCACCAGAACCCGUUUGUAAAACCCAACUUGAAUGCUCUUUCACUUCCAAGUGUCUGCCUACCAGCAAAAAGGGUAUUUCCCGUUGUUUAUGCAAGACGCAUUAUUACUGGGAUCAUGUCCUUGGAGUCUGCUUGCAAAAGAGGAAAAACUUAAAAUCUGGCCUUACCAUCAAGAUUACAAUUGGGGUGGCGGUGUUUUUUGCGGUGGCUGUAGUGAUGACUACUGUAACUGUGAGAAAAUCAAGAAAGAUUCGUCAAAAAGCAAAGGUUGCAAAGGAGAGGGAAGAGUUAUUCAAGUCGAAGAGUGGAAUGAGAUCUGCAAGAAUGUUCAGCUUAAAAGAACUCAAGAAAGCAACAAAUGGCUUCUCUAAAGACAGAAUUUUAGGGGUUGGUGGAUUUGGUGAAGUUUAUAAAGGUGAGCUUCAAGAUGGGACAGUUGUAGCAGUUAAGUCCGCUAAAGUAGGAAAUAUAAAGAGCACUCAGCAAGUACUCAAUGAAGUUGGGAUACUUUCUCAAGUAAAUCAUAAGAAUCUUGUUAGACUUUUGGGAUGUUGUGUUGAAGCUGAGCAGCCAUUGAUGAUCUAUGAAUACAUUCCUAGAGGAACCCUUCAUCAUCAUUUGCAUCGCGAGUCCUCUGAGUUUUUGAACUGGAAAUUAAGGCUGAAAAUCUGUUUACAAACUGCUGAAGCAUUGGCUUAUCUUCACACUGCUACUCACACUCCCAUUUAUCAUAGAGAUAUAAAGUCGACUAAUAUACUCUUAGACGAUGAUUUCAAUGCAAAAGUCUCCGAUUUUGGUCUUUCGAGACUGGCUCGACCAGGGUUGAGCCAUGUCUCGACUUGUGCUCAGGGGACGUUGGGCUACUUGGACCCUGAGUACUAUAGGAAUUAUCAGUUAACAGAUAAAAGUGAUGUUUAUAGCUAUGGGGUUGUGUUGCUUGAAAUCCUGACUACCAAAAGGGCCAUUGACUUUGCAAGAGAAGAAGAUGAUGUGAACUUGGCGGUUUACGUGGCUCAGCGGGCUGACGCGGUUAUGGAGGUCGUGGACCGUCAGUUGGUCGGGUUGGAACCAUCUGGUCAGGUUAUGGCUAGUGUUAAGCUCUUCUGCAAGCUUGCACUUGCUUGUCUAAGAGAGAAGAGAGGGGAAAGACCAACCAUGAAAGAUGUGGUUCAAGAACUCUUGUCCAUAAUUGAGAUUAUGAAUCAAGAAGAGGUUUCUUACGAGGCAAGUGUAGAACUAGAGAUCAUAUAAAGUGUUCUUGGAUUCUCGUUGACUUUUUUCUGUUUGACUUCGGUUAUUUCGAUGGACGAUUUCC